AUGAGUCCCGUUAUCUACUCCUGUGUUCUUUGUGGAUAUUACAUUUGGGAUUUUGAAGAAACGAGCUCCGAGUCUUGGCUGCAACAGUUCCGCGCCCUUUAUUCUAGCCCUACCGGGACCUGGGUAUCUGGAGUUGGCCUGUAUAAUAACCCCCGCGGCGGGGUAUGGAUCGUCCCGUCUGACAGCGGUGUGCGAUGGAACGACGCCGGGACUUCCUUCUCAGGGCAGGACGAGCUUGCUGUGAUGAAGCAACAUGCGACCCACGGUCGGCAUGGCUUCGUCUUUCAUGAAGCUUGCUGGUCUCUUCUACAGCACGUUUACAACCCUGAAGCCAUCCCUUUGGCACGUCUCCUGGAAGUUUGCAAGUCGCUGCCAUUUCCACUUCAAGCGAGCGGUGUAAGUUGGGGCCACGAUUACGGUGGGCUAGUCUUCCUCGACUAUGAAAACUCUUAUCCGUGGGAAGACCGGCUUAUCGAGCGAGACGAAGUCUCGAUAACGUGUCAGCGUGCUCGGGAGAACCCUUAUGAUGUGCCAGAGAUUCAACGGCUGCUGAAGGAGCGCUCGCAGAGUCCACCACGUGGGAAGGAGCUCAGCUCGUCAGGGUCCAUCACAGAACGAGAGGACUGCUUUGUUGGACUUCCAUGGGAAAUUCGUGAAGAAAUGGCCGUUUACUUGUCAAGUGCAGAUGUUCUGAGUCUCCGUCGAGCCUCGAGGGCAUUUGUCCACAUAUUCUCCAGUCAACACUUCUGGGCCUCCAGGUUUAAAGCCAACGCCGACCGUGCUUUCUUUUUUGAAACGCAAAACAGCCAGGAGCGUCGAGACUGGAGAUCGCUGUAUCGCCGCACGAAUGAUGCCCUUGGCCCUCCUGGAUUGCAAAACAGAAAGAGAAUUUGGGCCUUGAUUCAGUAA